CUGUGGCUUUCAGCCCUGAGCCCACAAGAGAUACUCAAGCAGAAGUAAAGAUUUUUUCAGCUGUGGGUUAAUGCGCCUUUGGUUCCUCUGGUGGCUACGUGUGGUGUUUGUGGGAUCGAGUCAAGAUAAACCACCGUGUCCUGUGUCCAUUGUAAUGCAGACCACUAAUGUUCGGUUCAAGCGUGGCCCCUGAGUCAUAUGACUUACGUGAACGGUCCUCGCUACUUCUUCUAAAAUGGCAACAAAAUUGAAAAGUGAAAAGAAAGCCGAAGUGAAACUCUGCAGCCUGUUUCUUGCCUGGUUCUUUUAACGCCACCGGACUCGACGCCUGGUCACACAACUAACACCUUUGUCUCGCGUGACGGGGCCAGAGUGCAGGAUAAUCCUCCUGUUUUUUUUCUCAUUUUGAUGCAUGCGUUAAAAAGUCUGUCAUGUCAGACUGGGAUUCUCCCCGCCCGUCUCAUCAGAAGAGAAGCAAGGAUAACCACGUCUGGGAGGCAUGUGAGGGUUCAGACGGUGAAGGCCAGAGGCUGAAGAGGAGGGAGAAGAACAGAGUUGCAGCCCAGAGGAGCCGCAAGAAACAAGCACAGAGAGCCGACGUGCUGCAUGAGGCCUGUGAGCUGUUGGAGGCGAGGAACCGAAAGCUGCGGAGAGAGGUGGAUUCUCUGUCUGCGGAGCAGCACCUGCUCACCGAAGCUCUCAGAGCCCACGAGCCCCUCUGUCCCACCGUGCCCUGCCUCCGCGCCUCCUCCGCCUCACGCAGCCCGCAGCCGGACGACACGGCGGCUUGCUCCGUCUGAGGCCAGGCGUGGUGUUUCCGACCGCGGCGACCCGCUGCGCCACAGUGCGCCAGCGAACCUCCAGAGGGCCGCGUUCGCCGUGAGCAGGGGUAAAGUGGCAACGCGCACCUCUGGCGGUACGAGCAGCUCAUUUCCAUAAUGUAGAUACAAUGAUAGUUUCUGCCACGCUCGGCGUCCCCAUUACUGAUGCACAUGGUUUUAAUUCCCCUCUCAGCUUUCAUAAGCCCAUUUUUCUUGUCUUCUUUUUUUUUCCCGCUGUAUGAGAGCGUAGCUUUGAUUCUGGUCACAGUUAUAACAAAGAACCAGAUGCGUAUUUUCCACUGACC